GCAAACAGACGAGGAGUCGGGAGAGCUCUACUACACCGAGAAGGAGAGUGAGUACGUCAGUACACCAGAGAACAGCCCACAGGGACGCUUGACAACGAACAAGUGGCCGGUCCCUUUAAAUAUUAAGGCAAAACCUUGGAAAACGAGAGCUUUUUCCCCUCAGUCCGUGUGUAUGUAGGUGAAACCGGAGCAUGUCACUAUGACAACGCGUGGACUUUACAUAACUAGAGGAGAAACCGAAGACAGCGCACCUGGAGCGGCUCGAGCAGAAUGGAUUUCAGCACCAUUCGGAACCUCAUCACUCGAUACUGUACAGGAGAGGAGAGCUGGGUGGACAGCAGGACCGUUUAUAUUGGACAUAAAGUGCCUCCACCAGGAACAGAAGCGUACAUUCCACAGAGAUUUCCUGACAACAGAGUCGUCUCCUCAAAGUAUACUUUCUGGAAUUUUAUACCGAAGAAUCUCUUUGAGCAGUUCAGAAGAAUCGCCAAUUUCUAUUUUCUGAUCAUCUUUCUAGUGCAGCUGAUCAUUGACACACCUACCAGUCCUAUGACCAGCGGUCUGCCUCUUUUCUUUGUCAUCACCGUCACAGCGAUUAAACAGGGCUAUGAGGACUGGAUCAGGCACAAAGCGGACAACGCUGUAAACCAGUGUCCAGUCCACGUCAUCCAGCAUGGCAAAGUUGUACGCAAACAGAGUCAAAAGCUUCAGGUGGGUGAUAUUGUCCAGGUGAAGGAGGAUGAGACGUUUCCUUGUGACCUCAUACUGCUCUCCACCAGUAGAGAAGAUGGAACAUGUUUUGUCACGACAGCCAGCUUAGAUGGAGAGUCCAGCCAUAAGACCUAUUAUGCAGUUCAGGACACAAAGGCAUUCAACACAGCAGAGGAGGUUGACACACUGCAUGCUACGAUAGAAUGCGAACAACCCCAGCCAGACCUGUACAAAUUUGUGGGACGCAUCAAUAUUUACUUGGAUCGAGACGAGCCCAUCGCGAGACCCCUGGGUUCUGAGAACCUGCUGCUGCGUGGAGCCACACUGAAAAACACUGAAUACAUACAUGCUGUCGCCAUCUAUACGGGCAUGGAAACCAAGAUGGCCCUCAACUACCAGUCCAAGUCUCAGAAACGCUCCGCUGUUGAAAAGUCUAUGAAUGCCUACCUGAUUGUGUACCUAGGCAUUCUGAUCAGUAAAGCUCUGAUCAAUACUGUCCUGAAGUAUGUCAGCCAGUCCAACAACCAGAAAACUGAGACUGAGAGGCAACGGCAUGUAUUAAUCCGGGCAUUCACAGAUUUCCUUGCCUUCAUGGUUCUGUUCAACUACAUCAUUCCUGUGUCCAUGUAUGUGACUGUGGAGAUGCAGAAGUUCCUUGGCUCGUACUUCAUCCUGUGGGACGAUGACAUGUUUGAUGAGGAGCUCGGAGAGGGACCGCUCGUCAAUACCUCAGAUCUUAAUGAAGAACUUGGACAGGUGGAAUAUGUCUUCACAGACAAGACUGGCACUUUGACAGAAAAUAACAUGGAGUUGAGGGAGUGUUGUGUGGAUGGGAAUGUUUAUGUGCCACAUGCCAUCUGUAACGGGCAGAUCUUACCUGGAGCUGCCGGAAUGGAUAUGAUCGACUCCUCUCCGGGCGUAGAUGGAAAGGAGCGAGAGGAGCUGUUUUUCCGUGCACUGUGCCUCUGUCACACAGUCCAGGUGAAGGAAGAGGAGACAGUGGAUGGCAUUAAGAGAGGAAUCCAUCAGGGCAAAUCCACCUCCUUCUACAUCUCCUCCUCUCCAGAUGAGGUUGCACUGGUGGAGGGCAUGAAAAGGUUGGGCUUCACCUAUCUCCGUCUGAAGAACAGUCACAUGGAGAUCCUUAACAGAGAGGAUGAGAUGGAGAGAUUUGAGCUGUUGGAGGUGUUGAACUUUGAUUCAGUGAGGAGGAGAAUGAGUGUUAUUGUAAAAUCGAGCUCAGGAGAGUACUAUUUGUUCUGUAAAGGUGCAGAUUCUUCUAUUUUCCCACGGGUGGUUUCUGGAAAGGUGGAGCAGGUCAGAGCGCGAGUAGAGCACAAUGCUGUGGAGGGCUUACGGACUCUUUGUGUGGCUUAUAAGAAGCUGACUCAUGAGGAGUAUGAUCAAACGUGCCGUCUCCUCAACAGCGCUAAACUAGCUCUGCAGGAUCGCGACAAGAAACUGGCUGAAGCUUAUGAUGUCAUCGAAAAGGAUUUCAUCCUGCUUGGAGCCACGGCUGUGGAAGAUAGGCUGCAGGAUAAAGCGGCCGACACCAUUGAGUCCCUGCACAAGGCUGGUAUGAAGGUUUGGGUCCUCACAGGGGACAAAAUGGAGACAGCAGCAGCCACAUGCUAUGCUAGCAAGUUGUUCCAUCGCAAUACACAGAUCCUGGAACUGACAACCAAGCGAACAGAGGAGCAGAGUCUCCAUGACGUCCUGUUUGAUCUGAGCAGAACUGUUCUGAGACAGCAUGGCAGCAUGACCAGGGACAUUUUCUCAGGGUGGGUACAGUGGAAUACAUUUACAUGCUCCCAUACACACACAGACACCUUCACACAUAUGUGUCGGUCCCACAGGCUCUCAGGUGAUUACCAAGACUAUGGUCUGAUAAUCGAUGGGGCAACACUGUCAGCUGUUCUGAAGCCAACACAAGAUGUAACCAGCAAUGGAGGCAACUACAAGGAGAUUUUCCUGGAAAUCUGCAGGAACUGCAGUGCUGUUCUCUGCUGUCGCAUGGCACCCUUACAAAAAGCACAGAUCGUUAAGCUGAUAAAAGCAUCAAAAGAACACCCCAUCACGCUGGCCAUCGGGGACGGAGCCAAUGAUGUCAGCAUGAUCCUGGAAGCUCACGUGGGAAUAGGGAUUAUGGGUAAAGAGGGGCGUCAGGCGGCCCGUAACAGCGACUAUGCAAUUACCAAGUUCAAACACCUGAAGAAGAUGCUGCUGGUUCACGGGCACUACUACUACAUUAGAAUCGCUGAGCUGGUGCAGUACUUCUUCUAUAAGAAUGUGUGCUUCAUCUUCCCUCAGUUUCUCUAUCAGUUCUUCUGUGGCUUCUCUCAGCAGCCACUGUAUGACACAGCUUACCUGACCCUGUACAAUAUCAGCUUCACCUCAUUACCCAUCCUCCUCUACAGUCUGAUGGAGCAGCACAUCAACAUGGACAUCCUCAAACGGGACCCUUCUCUCUACAGAGAUAUUGCCAAGAAUUCCCUCCUGAGAUGGCCCACUUUCAUCUACUGGACACUUCUGGGGGUUUUUGAUGCCAUGGUCUUCUUCUUUGGUGCAUUCUUCCUUUUCGACAACACAACCUUCACCAGCAAUGGCCAGAUGUUUGGAAACUGGACCUUUGGAACACUUGUAUUCACUGUCCUGGUGUUCACAGUCACGCUAAAGCUUGCCCUGGACACACAUUACUGGACGUGGAUCAACCACUUUGUCAUAUGGGGGUCACUACUAUUCUAUGUCAUCUUCUCCCUCCUGUGGGGAGGCAUCAUUUGGCCUUUCCUAAACUAUCAGAGGAUGUACUAUGUGUUCAUGCAGAUGUUGUCCAGCGGUCCUGCAUGGCUCAGUAUAAUUCUGCUGAUUAUAGUCAGUUUGCUGCCUGAUGUGGUGAAGAAAGUGUUGUGUAGAGCUCUAUGUCCCACCACCACUGAGAGAAUACAGAAUGCAGAUAAGUUGUAUAAGGGCCACCUGUCUGAGUUCACCCCCCUGUCCUCCCUCCAAGCUCCACCUGCUCGGAAACAUGACAGACAUGGCAACGAAAGCCAGAACCACACCCACCGCAGGUCUGACUCCUCCCCUCCCAAAAAACUGAUGUGUACAUACUGGGGGGGCAGGCCUGACUACUGCACCUUCAACUCCUUCCUCCGAAUAGAUGAAAACCCAAGAUUCUCUGGGGCAGCUUAUGCCUACCGCACACCGGGGCCCGAGACGUCCGUAUGACAGUCUCUCUAAAAGAAAUAGUCUACUUAUCUAAUCAAAUUCAGCCUCCAUUAUUCCAGAGUCAAGAUUGGGACACUAUUUGGAGACCAAUCUUGGCUUGUUACCCUUUAUCUGAAACUAAAGCACUGAAAUGCGUUCUUGUGGUAUACACUAAUGGGCUAGUGAUGCUGUGUGUUAAUUUAGAAGCUGGAGGAAGGCCAAACAGAAUUGGCCGUACCAUCUGCAAAUGUGUGGCAUACUGCGCUAAGCGGCCUUGGGACCUAUUUACCUUGUUUUUUUAUUUGUGUGAGCGUGUUCCCUUAACACUGUGGGUUUACAUGUUCGUUCACCUACCCUUGUAAUUCUUCAUGUGAAAAUUACUUGAAAACUACACUGGGCAGUAAUUGCACAAACCCUUCCAUCUCAAACGCAACCCCUACAGCUAAAUGUUAAUGUGGAUGACAGUUAAAAUGGCCCUGGAUGCUCUAAAAACUGACCGUCCUGUUUUUUUCUUCUUCUUUUCUUUGUUCUCUAUCGUCUCCCCUUCCCUUUUUUAUCCUGUGCUCCUUCUCUUUUCUUCUACUUUUUUUAUAGAACAAACUGGUGUUGCCUUUGUGCAAACCUGUUAUCGAGGAACACUCCAUAGCCUGCGAUUGUCUUUGUCCGAUUGCAUUGUAAGUGGCUAAAUUUGGCCAUUUCUGUUGCUGCACUGUACUAGAACGAACUAGGUGUGUAUGUGCACGAGUGUGUGCGUGUGUAUGUGUGUGUGAGAAUGUAGGCCUUUGUUAGAACAACUACGAGAAGACAAAUUGUAACUGGACUGUCAUUAUGUUUCACCCUUUAACUUUCAAAAAGGUGGAAAUCAACUCAUGUUCUACUGUUCCAAAGUUUGCAAAACCAUUGACUUGUGUCAUGAUGACAACCAGUUACUCUUUCCAAGCUGCUUGGCAAUUUGCUUUAAAAUUCUGUAGUUCCCUAUGUAUAAUCAGUCCUUUAGUUUCUUUAGAAUAGAUCCAGAUACAGGAUGCUAAAGGCUACACUAGCCACCUUAGCUUAACUGUUCUGCCUUAAUGCUAACGUUUCUCAUCUUUUGCACCACAGUUUGGAACCAAAGGUCUUGAAAUACGGAGUAUAUAAAUGUGCAUUAGUUGCCUUAUGCUCAAAAAGAAAUGGAGGGAAAGUGUUUGACAGCAUUAGAAGAAUCCUACCACACUGCCUUAAGUUGACAUUGCACCAGCUGAGGAUGGAGACCGAUAAAAGUCAUAUCCGACAUCUUCCAAUGCCACCAACAUGGCCCAGGGCUCCUGAAGAGAAAUUUCACAGUUCUUUUUGAUUUCACAAAAAGAACAAAUUAACUUCUUUGUCUGCAUAUUUUCAAGAUUGCAGCAUCCUAUUUGACUGGGCCCAAAGCAUUUUGUCUGUAUUAAUGUAACUGUUGGAGCCCUGUGCUGGGUUGCUAUCAUUUCUUUGUGGCACAUUACUAAUUUAUGAUCUGAUAUAAAUAAGUCAGAUAUAAUUAGACUGUGAUACUGUUCACAAACAACUCAUUAAACCAACAGCCCAAACAAGGUCAGCAUCACAGAUGGCCUGUCUUGGGCACUAUGUUCACAGAAAUGGCUCCUUUCUAGUGUGCAGAACACAGAAGAUGAGCUUUUUAAAAUGAUUCCCGGGAAAUGUGCCUCACACCUGAUGACUUCUCUGUUUAAAAUGACUUUUUCAUAAUGUAUUGUGAAGUGUGUUCAUUUCCAUCUCCAUCUUGUAAAUGAAUUCAAAAUCACUGAUUUGAAUUGAGUGUGAAUGCAAUUCAGUUUAAUUUCCAAAUAACAAACUGAACACCUAAUGACUUACCUGUAUAAUAUAUCAUUCUCAUAAAAAUAUUGUCAAGUACAUUCAAAUCCAUCUCCGUCCCAUGAAUGAACUCAAAUUCACAUUGAUUUGAAUUGAAUUUGAAUCGAGUGUGAAUGCAUUUAAGUUUAAACUCCAGGUAACACUGUUACACAAACCAAACUAAAAAUCAAACCAUUUAUUCAUCAAAACCACAUCUGCUUGUCUGCAUGACUCUUUUCCUGCUGUCCUUCACAUCCCAUGCCUGUUUGUUUUUUUCUGCUCACAUUGAUUCUGGAAUGUAGUGUUGUUUUCCUGGAGCUUUAUCUUUUCAUCUCGACUUCUCUCCUUGCAUGUGUUUCCUUCGCUCACCUGUCAUUCAGUUCUCAUGAUGAGGCCAGUCACCCAUAUCACCAUUUUAACCAUCAUCCAUGACAGAGAGAGAAAGUAGGUGAUGUCAAAGACUAUCAAGACCACUGUUUUGAUGGUUACUCCAAGCUUCUUGUGGGUAGAUGCCUUCUGGUGCUAACCUCAAUGUAUGUUCAUGCGUUCAAUUCAGUGAAGCGUUGAAUUCUAGGAAACUCCAGUGUGCACAUACAUGUGUUUUCAUUGCCUGUCAGUCAGACUGGAACAGAGAAUGUCAGAUUAAAGAAUGGCAUUAUGGGUAUAGCUAGUUUGUUAAAGGAUGUAGGAGUCAUUUUUGAACAAUUUUUUGGGUUAAUUUUGAUUAACUGUCACAGAAUAGUAAAAACAGAAUGUCCUUUAUAAUGCACACAUUAUAUCUAAAUAUUGACUAUAUUGAUGAGUAUAUUGAUGUCAAGGUUUACAAAGGCUGUGUGUGUAUGUGAAUGAAUGAAUCGAACAUGUCGACUGAGUAACUAUGUUUCUGGUCCAAAAGUGUAUUAUUUAAUUUGUAUGAAUGUAAAAUCUAAAGUCAAACACUGUCUAUUUUAUUGAUUAUCGAGGUCUGAACUUUGCAUGCCAUGUGAUACUGUAGUAAUGGACCAACCACUGAGCUUUAUCAAGUCAUAUUCUCAUUUAUAUAAACCACUUUUAUAACUUUGGUUCAAAUUUUCAGUCCAGUCCAGGUGAUUCACAUCUACAAUACCAAGUACUAAUCAAUGCUGGCAAAUCUGAAACAAAACAAGAAUGUGCUUAUACAUAGAUUCUCAAGUUAUAAUUUUUAAGUAGCCUAGAUUAAUAUAAUAGGGGUAAAUUAAUUAAUUAAUUUUUUUUUUUUUAGUUUGGCAUUCUACUGUUUUUACUAUUUUGUUCACUAUUACAGUUCUGUCUGGCUUCCUGAAUGUAAAAAAAUAAAAAGAAAAGAAAAAAGCCACUAUUGUGCUGUAAACAAAAAUUGCAUAGCGUUAAUUGGAUAGUCGUGAAUGACAACUACAAAAGAAUGUGGUUCUAGAACAAAUGUCCCUUCACAAAUGUGUUUUAUUCUUGUUUUUGUCAAAUUCUUGUUUUUAAAUUUAGAACUGUUUUUUGUAAUGUAGGUAUAAUUUGAUCACUGAACGCUAUCUGCCUCAGGGGUGCGUUCAGGCACUGGCAAACACUGUAUUCUAUCUGUCUAAAAAAGGCUAUAUGAAAUAGAUAUUUUGUAUAAUGUGUGAAAAAAAGUCUUUUUGCUACUUUUGUAUCUAGAGGAUGAAGAGAACCACUUACCGUUACAGAGACAGAAUGUUACUGUUCAGUUUUAAAACAACCAAAUGUAAGGUCAUAGGAGAAGUCAACUUCAGUAAAGAUGAAAGUUUAAAAAAUA